AUGGGGUCUAAGGAAUGUACAGAAUUUAUAGAAUCUAGAGAACCUGGAGAAUAUGGAGAAGUAACCGCGUCAGAGAAAUCUGGAGAACCCAGAGAAUAUGGAGAAUCGCUGCUAUUGUUGGCCCUCGUCGCCAUCUGCAUAGCAACCAAAGCUCCCGAAAAAGUGCCGGAGAACAACAAUGUGGCUCAACAGGUAGCCGAAAAUAAGUCAGGCGAAGCCGAAGCUGAAGCUGAAGCUGAGGAUGGCGGUGGUGAUAAAAAAGUGGAGAAAAGAAGUUAUGGGUGGAACCCGUGGUACUAUUCGGGGUAUAGUUAUGGGUGGCCCUGGUACGGUUUCGGGGGAGGCCAUGGUUGGUACCCAUGGUAUUCUGGUUGGCCUUACUACGGCCACGGUUAUGGAGGAGGAUAUGGUUACGGAGGAGGAUACGGUCACGGAGGAGGAUAUGGUUACGGCUACCGUGGUUAUGGUGGUUGGUACAAGGGAUGGUAA